AUGCCAGGGCAGACGGAAGAGUCUCGUAAGCGCCAGAAGACGCCCACGGCGGGGACUUUCCACCCGUACGCCAUUCCCGCGUCCUUGUCGUUGCAGGUGGUGAGCCAUCCCCUGAAAAUACGCCCUGCUGGGAACCUUUUGCUCGCGAGAAAAGAGACCGAGGAAAAGUUGCACAUGUCGAUGGGCGACUUUUACAGGUUUCCAGAGCAGUUGAUAAUGGACAUUCUGGGAUUGCUGGACUCUGCUGCUGAUCUGGGACACAUGAUGUGUGUCUCUCGAUUUUUCUACGCCUUUGCCAGCUCGGACGAACUAUGGAAGCAGGUAUAUCUUAGGGGAGAGAGAUUUGACCGAUGGCUCGGAAGCUGGAAAGAGAGCAUUCUCAGAUGCAAACAGAGCGCCAUAGACUGCAGCAUCGUGCACUCAGACCUGCUAUUUGUGCCCUACCAAAACUCUCAGGUCGACUAUUCCAGGCUUUUCGAAAAAAUCAUAAUCACAGAAAACAAGCGCAGACACCAGGUCAUGCCGGCUUCUGCGAGUAUCCCGUAUGACCUCUCCAUCCCACGGCUCGACGAGAACACCAUGACGGCCUCGCUGUUCUCCCAGCGCUUCCACGACCGCCCGUUUAUUCUCAAAUCCACCGAUCCUGCCCGGUGGCCAGCGUGGACGCUAGACACGCUUAGAGCCCGCUUUCCCAACACGACUUUCCGCCAGGAGUGUGUGCAGUGGCCGUUGAAGCUGUACGCGGAGUACUGUGCCAGCAACCAGGACGAGAGCCCGCUGUACCUGUUCGACUGCAACUCCGAGGCCAUGAAGCAGCUCAAGACAGAGUUUGUGCGUCCGGGCGUUUUUUCCGAGGACAUGUUCGACGUGUUCACGCGCCACGGCUACUCGUGCCGGCCCGACCACACGUGGCUGAUUGUGGGGCCGCACCGGUCCGGCUCGACGUUCCAUAAGGACCCCAACAGCACCUCGGCGUGGAACACGGUGCUGGACGGCUCGAAGCUGUGGAUCAUGCUCCCGCCCGACGUGACUCCGCCGGGCGUGCACACAAACGAGGACGAGAGCGAGGUGACGUCUCCGUUGGGGCUCGCAGAGUGGGUGCUAUCCGGCUUUUUCAACGACACUCUCAAGGUGGCCCGGGCAGAGCAGCGCUGCGCCAUUGGCAUCACCUUUCCUGGCGAGUGUCUCCAUGUUCCUGCCGGCUGGUGGCACAUGGUGAUCAACCUGGAGGACACGGUCGCGCUAACGGCGAAUUUUGUUCCCGAGUGCAAGCUCGAGGAGGUGGCGCGGUUCUUCCGCAAGAAGCAGGACCAGGUCUCUGGCUUCCAUCCUGCGACGGUGCUGGAAUUUGUGAGACGGUGUGUUGCCGCGGGCGAGAUGGACGGCGGGCUGCUCCAGAAGAUCGGCGAGGUGGACUCGAACGACGAUAUCGGCGAGCUGGACGUGCAGCUGCCGAUCUACGAGAUUUUCGAGCGACUGCUGCAGCUCAACGGAAAGCAGCUGAAGCAGCACAGAAGUCUGUGGAAGUCGCUUACGCAGCAGAGCACGGGCUUCAGGUUCGCCAUCGACAUCGAAUAG